GUCACUUCCUGUUUAUUUUGAGUUACAGAACAGGAAGUGACCUGGGAAUCACCCAAAUAAAUAGGCAGUGACUCAAACUCAACAGAAUAUGACCUGCAAAUGCCCUAAAAUGAACAGUAAGUAACCUGUAAAUGCCCUGAAAAUCAGACAGAAUGACUGUGAAUGCUCUGGUUUCGAAUGAACGAACGUUCCCAGUCUAAAUGAAUUGGGCAUCGAGCACCGUCAGUGCGGCCUUAGAGUUAAAUGAGACACUAUUCUGGUGGAAAAUUUUGGUAGCAACUUGUUGGUUAAUUUUUUUUUUUUUUUUUUUUUAGACAUUGACACCUUUUCAAAACGAUAUAUCGAUUCUUGGCAGGAGCAUAUCGAUAACUUUUUGGGAUACAAAGUAUCACGAUAUAUCACCAUUUCGAUAUUUUGUCACACCCCUAAUACAAAUACUGUAUAAGUAAAAAUAUAUCACAAUGUAAAGUUAAAAUGAAAAACAAAGUUCCUAUAGUUAACAGUACAGGCAAUGUUUGAAGUUUUUUUCUUCUUAUAUAGCAAUAAUAUACUCAUUCUCAUAAUUACUUUUUCAGCACCUUUUAGUAGGAGGAAAGUAGUAGCCUUUGUUCUACUACUGGACAUACUGCGAAGGAGGGGUGGACGUAGAAGGAGGCUGCAUUGGGUCCAUCCACUGAACCAGCGCCGGCGUCAACAGGGUUAUUUUUAUCAUCUUGUGGCUGAACUGCGGCUGGACAGCCAACGCCAUCAACAAUACUUUAGGAUGAGUGCAGAAAAAAUGGAUGAGCUUCUGUCUCUCAUCGGCAACGAACUCACCAGGCAAUCCACCGACAACAGAUCAGCUCUAGAACCCAAGCAGAGACUUGCUGUUGCACUGAGGUACUUGGCAUCUGGGGACUCACUGAUAAGCCUAGCAUUCAGCUAUCGCCUGGGUCACACAGCUGUCAUCAACUCAGUGCAAAUGGUGUGUGCAGCCAUCGAAAAGACGAUGGUGAACAGGUACCUUCCCAGGCUGACCACAGACACAUGGAGGGAGGUGGCUGAACGCUUCUGGGAGAAAUGGAACUUCCCUAAUUGUAUGGGCGCACUUGAUGGGAAACACAUAAUGAUUCAAGCUCCACCCCGAUCAGGAAGCCAUUUUAUGAAUCAUGAAAAAACAUUUUCCAUCGUGCUUUUGGCGCUUGUUGAUGCUGAUUACCGCUUCAGGUACAUUCAGGUGGGAGACUUUGGAAGAACAAGUGACGGUGGUGUUUAUGCUGAAUCAGAUUUGGGUGUGGGAAUGGCAAAUGGCACACUCCAGAUCCCACAAAGCAUCUCUCUGCCUGAUGCUGCUCACCUCGGGAAUGUGCCACAUGUCAUGGUGGGUGAUGCAGCAUUCCCUCUUAAGCCCUACCUAAUGAGACCCUACAUUGGACAAAACCUCAACCGUAAAAGGAGGAUUUUUAAUUACAGACUAUCGAGAGCGAAAAGGGUGGUAGAAGAUGCAUUUGGCAUUCUAGCAUCCCGGUGGAGGAUUUUCUAUCGCAGGAUUAACCUGCAUCCCAAUAAUGUUAACAGUCUUGUUAUGGCAGCCUGCUCACUGCACAAUUUCCUCCUUGCCCCGUCAGAAAAUGUCACGCUGCUCAUGGAGGCUGAGGAAUUGGGGCGAAAAAUGGCACCGGUGAGGAACAUGGGAGCAAACAGGGCUUCAAGGGAGGCCUGUGGUGUGAGGGCAACUUUUGCGACCUUCUUCACCUCCCCCGAAGGCAGUGUGUCCUGGCAGGACAGGAUGGUGCCCUAAAGACACUUUUCACACAUGGA